AUGCAUUCCGAAGAGGAGUUAGAAGUGAUAGGAAUCGAUAAAAUUGAAAUGGUUUACGGGAGCUCUCACUUCAAGUCAUUAGAAAACGGCCAAAAUGUCAGUCUCGCUAUGUCUGCGGCGGCCGAACGCGCCUGUUAUCACUCCACUUGUGUCUCAAACGCAACUCUUUCUAACAAUAAUUCAUCGAAUUUACUCAUUCUUGGUGUAAAUUCUAUUCAUUUGUUUGCAAUCAGGAGUUGGUCUGAAAGGAUAGACCUAUUACUCGAAGAACAGAAAUAUACCGAAGCACUCGCUUUGAGUCUUUCCUUUUAUAAAAGUAAAGCAAAGGCUGUGAUUGGAUUGAGUGGCAAAAAGUCAGAAAAGCGGGCAAUAAUUGCGCAAAAACUAAUUGAAGUGUUAGACAUAUACGUGAACUCAACGCUCACAUCCAUGUGUCCCGAUUCGGGCAAAAUAGAGAUCCUUAUUGAACACUACAAAAACCUGAUCCCAACUUCUAUUUACUACUGUCUGUCUAUUGAAGACAAUCAGCAAAUGUUGAGCGAAUUAUUUGACAAAUUCUCUGACGACUCGAUCGCCAGAAACGUAUUCUUAGACUCAUUAGAACCCUAUGUAUUGAACGGAGAGCUGAGGAGUUUGGGUCCAAUUAUUGCCAAAGAGCUGACCGUUCAUUACGAACAGAAGAAAUGGUUUCAUACUUUAGAGUCAAUUGUCACACAUCUUGAUAUCACAUCACUUGAUAUUCACUACAGGUUUUUGUGGCAAAUGGACAGUUGUCUAUUGAGAGGACUAUCCUUUCCCAACAAUCAGGCCAUAGAAGCGGAGAAAAAGUCAAUUCUAAUGGGAUUUGAUGAGAAAGAAAGCCGUUGUCUAUACAUAUUUAUUGUCAAACUAUUGUCUGAUAAGCGAAACACUGUUCACAUCAAAAGGACACUCUUGGAUGAGAUGAUUGAAAAUCUAUUUGUUUCGGAAGAUAAGCAAUCAUUUGAGGAGAGAGAGCGUGUCUUAUUAGAACUGUUGCAGUCAGAAGCAGGACAUGGUUUGCAUGGUUUAGAUGAAACACAAUUCUUACGAUUGGCACUAAACGCCAAUUUGUUAAGCCAUGUAUUUGAUUACAUCAAUCAAAUCGUAAUGUCUGCUAAUGUGUCCGUUGAGGAGAAAAAAGUUUUCAUCGAAACUAUUUAUUCUAAUAUCGAAGUAAUUAUUGAAAUCGAUUUCAACAAAACGGCAACAUUUCUAUUGGAUUACUUAGAAGUGGACAAAUGCGAGCAAAUAAUCACUUCUCUUGAAUCGAAACCUAAAGUAUUGUAUAAACUAUUGUUUGGAAUAUUGUUAAACGCAUCGAAGAAGAGUCACAAAAGAGAUCCGUCGACUGGAAGUAUUGAUUUGGAGUUACUUCCCAUUAAAGAGCAGAGAAAACAAAUGCUAAUAACAGAUUCGCGAUUACAAGAAAAAUUAAUUGAAUACAUGUGUGAAUUUGAACCAAAAUGUGUUUACAAUACACUUAAUAUUCUUGAAGACUAUCGACCGGACGUCGUAUUAAUGAUGACCAGAAAGAAUGAGAUAAACGACGCGACGGCUUAUUUGCUCGAAAAGACGGCCAGAUUUGAAGAAGCGUUCAAAUUAUUGCACAAACAAUUGGAUGAAAUUAUUAUCGAUUUUAAUGGCUCAGAUGUGGAGGCAUUUUGGACUCAAAUACAUAAACAGAUGAUAUGUCUCAUAGAUUUGUGUCAACGCUGUUCACCCAAAGUGGAGUCAAUAGAAAAUCAGUGGCUUUUGUUACUCGAAUCGAUGCAAACAAUCAAUAUCUUAGUGAAGGGUUCGUUUGUUAAUAACGGGUCGAGCGAUGGAAACAGUGAACAACUCUAUAAUAUGAGAGAUCUCUUUCAAACGGUUUACGAUAACUAUAGCUAUGAGGAGACACUUUUACAGACGACCAACAAUUUGCUAUUAAAUGAAUUACACCAACACUUGGCUCUCCUUAAGAGAGACGCCAAUAAAGCCAAUUCCAAUCGCGCGAAGACGUGUUCCGUUUGCGGCAAAGAUCUCAAACUCGAUGAUAAUGUCAUACUAUUUGGAUGUAAGCAUUCAUUCCAUGAGCGCUGUGUCACCACCAAAGACGGGCCCAUCUGUUACUUAUGCGAGCCGUCAUCGCAUGAUAAUUACGAUAACAAUUCAUCCAAACGUUUGUCGAAUCCACAGGAUAUCGAUUCCCAUGACUUGCAUAACAAUCACAAAAUAGAUUCACUAAAACUAAGCGAAAGCCAAUUAAAUGCUUUGCAAUACCUUAAGAAUGGCCAGAGAAUCGAUUCCAGAGCAAAUAUUUUAAACCAUUUGCCAAACACGAGGAUAAGACUGGCGUCCAAUGAGUUGCCGACCGAACAAAUAUUUAAACUAAAACUCGCCCCACAAUGGAAACCAAUAAUAAUUCGAUGGUUUGACAUAAACUUUGAUUUACGGACUCAUAUACCGACUAGUAUUGGGGAUUCACUUCAAGGACUGGGAGUUUAGAGUAUUUUUGGUUAUAUAUUAGACUAGUAUUAGAAAAUAAAUGAUAAAUAUUUGUAUA